CACAGACUGGUCAGGUCCAAGAUGAAGAAGAUGAGGGUGACAGUGGCGGUGUUGGGUGUGUUGGGCGUGUGUGUGGCUGUUGCUGCUGCUCAAGAAGCAGGGAGCCAGACGGGACAAGACACCGUGCCAGCGCCACAAGGGUACCACCACCAGCAGCAGCAACAACAACAGCAGCAGCAGCAACAAGAAGUGCAUCGGGGACAAGAUGCAGUCCCCGGUCUGGGCGAAGACAGAGCUGCAGAGAAGGAGGCCAUCGUCUUUCCGGGUGAGCCACCGCUCGUGGCACCGAACCAGCCCCGCAGGAAGCUGAACAUUGGCAUCACCAUUCGCUUCUCCGCAGAGAGCGUCUUCGUUGCAGGAUCACUGCAAACGCCGCUUCACCUGUAUGAUGCCCUCACUUAUGGCGACCGCCAUCGCGUCACCCUGCUCAGCGUCGGCACGGGACAUCGUGAGGCGCGUGGGUGCGUGGAGCGGUUCUCUGCGUUUUCGCCAUCGACGGCGGCGGCGUGGGACGCGGCGCUGAUGCAACUCGUGGACACACGCACGCCAUGGCGAUGA